UUUUUUUUUCUUUUUCUUUCCGCACAGCACGCCUACAUGUCAAGAGACAGCUCCUAUAAGCUAAAGAACAAACAAGUAACGACUCUACAGAUGUGGUGGCAUCUUUGGAUUGUAUCAGAUGAAAUAAUUCACUUUUAAUAAAAGGCACCAGAAACCAGCAUGUGAUGAUGGCAAACACUUCUAGCGACAGCACUGUACCAGUUUUGAUUCUUUUCUUCAUCCUGGUCAUACUUCUUAUUGUCCUGUUUUACCUCUACAAGCGACUGAACCAUGAAACUAAGGAUCAAUAUACUAUCCAGCGCCUUGUCUUCAGUGAGGGAGGUCUUCGUGAUCGUGUGAUGCGAGGCAUUGCAGUGGUGGAGGCCAGGAUAGACAACAUGAGAUCUCAAGCCCACGAUGAAGAGCAAGCUUUAAGCAGUAAUGAAGAUGGCGGUGUAGACAAAGAAGAAGGAGAAGACAAUGCAGGGCAAGGCCACGGUGAAAAUGAGAAAACAGACGAGAAGGCAGAGGAAGAUCACAAUGAUUCAUCAGAUGAUUAUUCCAGCAUUGACCUAAAGGAGAGAGUAAAGCUGAAUAACAGCAAGGACGAGAAGAAAGAAAAAGAACAAGAGGAAGAAAAGGUGGCAAAAGAUGGAGCAAAUGGAGAUGGCUCUAAACCAGUCGAGGCUGAUGUGAAGAAUGAAGAAAGAGUUGGCUUACUUGUAGACUUGAAGACAUUUUCUGGCAGUGCCAUUUGGUCUGAGGAGAAAAAGGAAGAGAGUAAUGUAACAGCUUUGUGAAGUAUAGAAUCUUAAGCCUAAAUAUGAAGCUUGUGAAGAAAAAAGUGUAAAAUUGGUGAUGUAUGUCUGGAAAGAUGCACAUAGAGUGUUUUACAUUCCAUUGUGCUUACAAAUGUAAUGCAUCUUUAAUAACCAUUAGGUUUUUUUUAUUCAUAGAUUACAUUAUUAGAAUGUUUUAUGUAAAGGCUGGUGUUACUGUUUUUUGUUUUUUUGUUUUUUCAAAUAAACUGUACAUCUUCUAUAAAAAUAA